AUGAGCAGUCAACCAGACCUACGUAUCGGUGUGGACUUUGGUGCCACGUUCACAGGCGUUUCUUGGGCCACCCCGAAAGAGGAAGACAAGAGGACAAAGAUCGUCACCAGGUGGCCGGGACAGACAGAAGAGCAUUCUAAAGUCCCAACUGUCUUGUCUAAACAUGGCAGUGGAACGAACAUAAAAUGGGGAUUUCUCUGCAAAGAUAUUGCUGACGACCAGACGUGGAAGUUGUUUAAGUUGCUUCUAGAACCGGCGACCUAUCAGAAGGAAUCAAGCCGUGAGGUCCGUGGACCGUGGAUCCCGGAGACAAUUGACGAAGUCUACGGUGUUGUUGUUGCUUAUCUCGGCCAGAUCUACAUUCGCAUAAGCAACAUAAUCCCCGAACUUAUCAAGCAGAACCACCACUUCAGCGUAACCCUCAGGAACAAGACCUGGGACUCGAUGAAGGUCGAGUUCGUGUUCAGCACCCCAGCGCAAUGGGAAGCCCCCGUCAGCCAAUGCUUCAGACAUCUAAUAUUUAGAUCGGGAUUUGGCAAGAUCAAAAACCACAGCGCCGUCCUGGGGCUGACUGAAGCUGAGGCUAUCGUCUACCACACCUGCAACGCGCAGAAGACAACAGGUCACCAAGUUCAAAACGACAACAUCAUUCUGUCAAUUGACGCAGGAGAUGUGACAACUGACCUUGCAUUUGUGAAAAAGUUCAACGACUCCGUAACUUUGGAGGAGAUUAGUCCCGUCACUGGCAUUGGCGUCGGUUCUAUAAGAAUCGACGGGCGGUUCGCCGACCUCAUUGAAGAAAGAAUGGAAAGGUACCCCACUGUUUGUUCACAUCUUCCAGUGGACUUUCCUGUGAAAGCAUCGCAGAGCAAUGGCUUCCAGGACUGGAAGCACAUAUUUGGCCGAGAGCUUUGUGAAGACCUAGAUGUGUGCUCUACCACAGUGGCUGGGGGCAAUGGUUACACGCAUAAGAAGUUCAGGAUCCAUGAUGGCGAAUUGUUUUUCACAAGAGCGGAACUCAAAGGCUGUUUGGACGAAACAUUGGAGCGCAUUAAGAAGCAUAUCCAGUAUGCUCUGCAGCUAUGGAAAAACAGGAAAAACCAACUAGUGGAUUACAUUGUUCUCUCGGGUGGUCUGGGGGGCUCUGACUAUGUCUUUGAGGAAUUGGUGGCGUACAUCAACUCUCUGGCAGCUAAAAGAGACAGUCGCCUCGUCGGAGUACAAUUUUUGAGAACUGCAGGUGAUACUCGGACUGCCGUGGUUUCAGGCCUUCUCGGUUGGCGAAACGACAACGCGCAAGCACUCCGAGAAUACAUCGCACGAGCGAGUUACGGCAUCGUUGUCAGAAAUCCACCGCCAAGUCUGCUCAGUGCCAGUGACUUCAUAACUCAAGAUGGGAGAGUUAAGUGGAUAGUGAAGUAUGGAAGCUACAUCAAGUAUUUCCAGCCGAUAACCGUCAAACUCACCAAGUACUUCAACAAGAACGACCCAUGGACUUGGACAGAGGAGGUUAUGUGGCUGGAUAAAGAAGAGCGCAUUCUUCCUCCUAGAAAGAUCCAUGAGAAGCGUGGAGGAGAGGUGCUCUAUAGAGUUGAUCUUGGAGUCGUAGAAGGAUCUACUAAACUAGAGACCGUUACAAGCUUUAUGGACUCUAUGGUAUACCUCAAAUGCGACUUUGAACUCGCAUUGAUGAUUGGGCCAUCGGGUGACUGUGUCGUUACAGUGUCAAAGAAUACUCUCAAACUGACGGAAAGGGAACCUUGA